AUGCCUUGGCGGGCAGGCAAGGCGAAGCGAGCGGCAAUCGCUGACGCACGAGACUGGGCCGGGUUCCGCAGCAGCCGCCCACGUGCUGAUUGGAUCGCGCCGCUAAUCUCCGGUGUUCGGAAUCGAGCCGACGAACGGCGGGGCAGGCGCGCUGCCAUUGGCUGGCGUCGGGAGAGCAGGCUCGCUCCUUCCCUGCACGCAGGGAGCUCGACGAGCUUAACAAGCUCAACGCCUGCUCUCUCCCGUUCUGUUAUCCAGCAGUCGCUGCACACGAUGAGGUGGGAAGCGCUUGUUUUCGGUGCGAUUGCGCCGGCCAUCGUGCUGGCGGGCAAUGCCACCAGCUUCAAUGCCUCCACGUCCAACGGCCUGAUCAUCGGCCAUCGCUCCGAUAAGCGCCCCAGCGUCAUCGAGUACCUGGGCAUUCCGUAUGCGCAGCCCCCUGUCAACGACCUGCGCUUUGCCCCUCCACAGAAGUAUCAGGGACAGGGCACCUAUGUGGCUGCCAAUUAUCGUGCCAGGGAUUCGCUGAUGGAUGGCUGCAGUGACUGCUAUUACACCCCCUCUCCUUUGGUCGCCUAUCCUGGCGCGACGCCGCAGUUUGACAGCAUCUUCGAGGCCUUUGCUGCGGCGAACAACAACACCCAGAGUGAAGACUGCCUGACCUUGAACAUCUGGUCAAAAGACUCCUCGAAUCAGUCCAAGCCUGUCCUGGUUCACUUCUAUGGAGGACGCUGGACAAGCGGCACCACGCAUACGCCUUUCUACUAUGGCGGCUACCUGGCCGACGCGCAGGAUAUCAUCGUCGUGACGGCCAACUAUCGGAUGAACAUCUUUGGCUUCCCUGGCAUCCCAGGCCAGCCGCCCAACCCUGGUCUCCUCGACCAGCGGAUGGCAGUGGAAUGGGUGCGGGACAACAUCAAAGCCUUCGGCGGCGAUCCCAACCGGAUCACCAUCUCCGGCCAGUCCUGUGGAAGUGCCUCAGUCGACUACUGGGCCUAUGCCUAUCAGUCGGAUCCCAUUGUCGCGGGUAUGAUCUCGCACUCGGGGACGGUGUUUAGCUUUCCCGUCAACACGCCCGAUGAGGCGGCCCAGCACUGGUACAACGCGUCGGAGCUGCUUGGAUGCGGUUCGUCAGGGGACGUGCUUCCGUGCAUGAGACAAAAGAGCGCCGAGGACAUCAAAGCGGCUGCUGCACAGGUCAAGGUUCCCAACACGAACCCGGCUCGCAAAGCGCCAGCCUUCCAGCCAACCAUCGACAACGUGACGAUCUUCGAGAACUACACGACUCUGUCGGCUAGUGGACAGUUUGCGCGUGUUCCCUAUCUGGUUGGAAACGACGACAACGAAGCCGGUUUCUACAAAAUCGCGGCCUACGCGCAAGGGGCGAAUCUCACCGAGGCGCAGUGGCAGCAGUUCAAUUACGAGACCUUCACCUGCCCGAGCCGCCAGGAAGCCAUCAACCACGUGAACGCGGGGGUUCCGGCGUGGCGGUUCCGGUAUUGCGCCGACUGGGACAACACGCGUCUCUAUCCCACCAGCGGUGCCUACCACGGCGUGGACAUGAACAUGAUCUUUGGGGCGUCGCAGGAUGUCACGGGACUUCCCGAGUCGCAGCCCCAGCUGCAGCUGCAGCAGCUCAUGCAAGCGGCGUGGGCCAGUUUCGUGUCCGAUCCAGCGCAGGGGUUGACCAAGAUUGGUUGGCCGGUAUUCGAUCCGAAUAGUAUGGCCGCAUCUCAAGAAAUAAGAAAGUUCUUUACUGACAGUUCUACAGAAAACACGCUCAUUCGCCUUGGAUACGAGAACCAGCCGCAGGCAGCUUUCGUUAACCCGCAGAUCUACGACAACGUGUGUUGA